UGGGAUUGUUCGUACAGUGGGUACGAGUGCAGAUUUUGGAGCGUUGGUGCUCCAGCUAAAGGAUUUCAAGACAGGAUUUGGUAUCACGUUAAUCCCUAUGAAUGUGGCAAAUGUAAAACAAGUGGAUCGGACUGCAAAGCAAUCUUUUGAAAUAAUUACUCCAUAUAAAAGCUUUAGCUUUACAGCAGAGUCGGAAAGAGAGAAACAAGACUGGAUUGAAGCACUGCAGCAAUCGAUAGCAGAAACACUGUCUGAUUAUGAAGUAGCUGAGAAGAUUUGGUUCAAUGAGUCCAACAGGAGCUGCGCUGACUGUAAAGCUCCCAGUCCUGACUGGGCAUCCAUCAAUCUCUGCGUUGUCAUUUGUAAGAAGUGCGCAGGACAGCACAGAUCUUUAGGACCGAGAGAUUCAAAGGUCCGCAGUCUAAAAAUGGAUGCCAGCAUUUGGAGCAAUGAACUUAUUGAGCUCUUUAUCAUAAUUGGAAAUAAGAGGGCAAACAGUUUUUGGGCAGGAAAUCUUCCUCCAGAUGAAGAACUGCAUAUGGAUGCCCCUGCAGAAAAAAGGAUAGCAUUUAUUACACAAAAAUACAAAGAGGGAAAAUUCAGGAAAACACCUUUUCUCUACAAAACCAAGGAACAGUUGAAUAAGGCCCUGUGUGCUGCUGUAGUUAAACAAGAUGUGCUAGACACUCUGAUGUUGCUGUUUAGUGGGGCUGAUGCUAUGUGUGCCACUGGAGACCCUGUUUACAGUACACCAUACUUAUUAGCCAAGAAAGCUGGACAAAGACUGCAAAUGGAAUUCCUGUACCAUAAUAAGUUCUCAGAUUUCCCAAACUAUGAAACUUGCUUUGAAAGUGGAUUCUCUGAAGAUUCUUCUCAUUCCACAUUUCUUUGUGAAUUCUUAUACAAAGUUUCUUCUAAUACUGCAAAGCUUCUUACAGAGAAGAAACUAAAAGAAGAUUGCAACAAAAGAUGGUGCACUUUGGAAAGUGGCUUUCUGAGCUACUAUGAAAACGAUAAAACCACUACUCCUAAUGGUAUGAUUGACGUCAAUGAAGUUAUCUGUCUUGUAGUGCACAAGUCGGACUUCUUUUUCAAUAGAGGGGACAUCUUUACCUUUGAAAUCUACUUAAUGUCAGAACGUGUUUUUCUGUUUGGAGCUGAAACUGCAUACUCACAAAGAAAAUGGACUUGGGCAAUAGCUAAGCAUUUUGUUCCCCCUGUGGCUGAAUGCUUAUUAGAGAGAGACUGUGACCUGAUUGGCCAGCUGUACUACAAAGAUUGCCAUAACCUGGAUCAGUGGAGAAAAGGCUGGUUUGCUAUAGAGAAGUCGAGCCUUUAUUUUUGUCUUGAAAUGGAGAAUACUCAAGAAGAUUCCAUAUAUCUAAGGAGGUUGCAAGAACUAACAAUUAGUAGUGUGAUGCAAAAUGGAGAGAAAAUAGACGUCCUGCUGCUCGUUGAAAAAGGAAGAACACUAUACAUCCAUGGCCAUACAAAGCUGGAUUUCAUGGUCUGGUAUACUGCAAUUGAAAAAGCAGCAGGUACAGAUGGUAACGCAUUACAAGAUCAGCAGCUCAGCAAAAACGACGUACCUAUUAUAGUGAACAGCUGUAUAGCAUUUGUUACACAGUAUGGUUUAGGUAGCAAGCAGAUCUACCUUAAGAAUGGAGAUUCUUCCAAUGUGGCUCAACUGCUAGAAAGCUUCAAAAAAGAUGCAAGGAGCGUUAAACUAAGAGCAGGAAAACACCAGCUUGAAGAAGUGACUGAUGUAUUGAAAAGUUUUCUUUCUCAAAUAGAUGAUGCACUUCUCACUAAAGAACUUUAUCCGUUCUGGAUCUCUGCAUUAGAUACACAGAAUGAAAAAGAACGUGUGAGCAAGUAUGGAGCUUUUAUUCGGACGCUUCCACCAGUCAAUAGGGCAACGUUGGCUGCUUUAAUUGAACAUCUUUACAGGGUGCAGAAGUGUUCUGAAAUCAAUCAUAUGAACCCUCACAGUCUAGCCAUGGUGUUUUCCUCAUGCUUAUUUCAAACUAAAGGCCAAACUAGUGAAGAAGUUAAUGUAAUUGAAGAUCUAAUUAAAAACUAUGUGCAACUUUUUGAUAUAAAUGAAGUCCAUGUCAAACAAAUGGAUAUAGAGAACAGCUUUAUUACCAGGUGGAAAGACACUCAGGUUUCCCAGGCUGGAGAUUUGCUUAUUGAAGUUUACGUUGAAAGGAAGGAACCAGACUGUAGUAUUAUAAUCAGGGUAUCACCUUUGAUGGAAGCAGAAGAAUUAACUAAUGAUGUCUUAGGAAUCAAAAACAUUAUUCCCAACAAAGAUGAUAUCUGGGCUGCUUUUGAAGUAAUUGAAAAUGGAGAACUAG